AGCCAAGAACUUUGUCUUUGACGGGAAGUGAAGCUGAGAGGAGUCUGCAAAAGCUGAGGAACCAAAGUCUUCCAAGAUUCCAGCUGUGACAAGAAGGAAGAGACGUGGAGAUGAGAUCUGGCCUCCUGGCCCACUGCGUUGCUCGUCAGUCCGGUCUCAGAUGGAGUGAUGUGAUGAACCCUCCCUGCGUCUCCUCCGCAGAUCCUACCCUGCAGCCAGAAUGGAAAUAGGAGCUGUCCAAGAGGCUGAGUUGCCUCCCAGCCUCUGGAGAACGAAGGACAAUGCUAGGAAUGGAGAAUCCUUAUGCUGAGAAGCUGAAGGAAGCAGGCUCUUAUUAAAUCUGGUCCUUCAUGACAUAAUGGGAGAAACCCAGCAUGUUUAUGCCACCCGUGAUAUUGAGUCUGGUGCCCAGGACAAAGUUCUCAGCUUUGAGCCGUUCAGCAAGAAAGAUGUGGGUGAAGUUGAAAGUCGACUGCUUGACAGCUCCGAGUCACAGGUACAGAGUGGGAGCGAUAACGGGACUGACUUUGUCAGCCACAAGGACAAAGAGCCUCACAAUCAACGGGAAGCUGUGAUCCGCCCCCAGAAAGCAGGCAAAAUAGACUUCAAGUCCCUCAACAACCGCCCCAGGUUUCCCAGUGCCAGCCCGUGGGGCACUGCCAAAGGAACCCCCCCGUCUCCCCCUGGAAGGAGCCGUGCAAGAGAUAAGAGCAGCAGACGCUCGGGGAAGAGCGAGCGGGGCCAUCAACAGCUCUACCGGCUCACCAUCAGCAAUGCCAGGCCCAACCCUACCAUUGGCAUUGCUUACCCCCAGCAGAAAAUCACCCCACCCAAGAAGGUUGAAGCUGACCGAGGACCGGUCUUGGGAAGCUACAGGUUCCAUGUCCCCGAAAGAGAGCUGAAACUCCAAGAAGAAGAGCUGAGCUUUGCCCGGUGUUUCUCAGAGGCUGCCUCCAGCCACAUCUCCAGCAAUUAUACCUCACAAGCCGCCACUGCAUGUCCAAACCAUGGUUCAAAGAUACAACCACUGGUUAAUGUUCCUCAUGAAAAUCCUGGCGCCAAAGGGCAGUUCUCUUACUUGGAGUUCCAAGCCAAUGGGAGUAACUUGUGGCCUUCACCAGACAAAGGCUAUCCUGGUGCUAGCAAUGGACUCCCUGCUCCCAAGCCGAGCACCCAUUGCCUGGGACCUCUGUCCUUUCAGUACCCCUUCUCACCUUUGCACAGCUCAGCCACAGAUCCGUUCCAAGGUGAGGCUCACACCCAAGAUUAUAUCGAUGUAUCCUUGGCUACCAGUCAGGGUUCUCAUGGUGCUUUUGCCUUCCACUCUUCCUCCAGGGACUGGAAGGAGGAAGUUCUUGGCAACGGCUCCUACGACAAUGUGGAGAACAGGACUUAUGGGGUGGUUCCUCAGCCCGCCCCGUUUCUCCUGCCACAGGCUCCAGGACACUUGCCAUGCUAUAAAGGAAGGAACGAACAUUCCACUGACCACAAUGGUGCUAUCUCUCCUUCUGGUGCUAUUGACCAAGUUCCAAGCACUUUCCAAGAAAACCAAGCUGUUUUCCCACCCAGUUUACACGCCUCUGGUAUGCCAAAGCCGUUGGGUAAGAGGCCGUCUUUGUCGAAAGACAGCAUAGCUAGUCAAAGGAUACUGGACGCAGGCAGCUCUCUGAGAAGGAACGGGCUACAGGUUUCUCUGCCACAAGUGCACUUUCAGAACAAGGCUUCCAACGAACCCGCGGCUGGUGGCAUCCCUUCCAGCUCAGUGCCUUUCGAGAAGAGCCUUCCCACCAGCGUUCAGGCCCACCCCCGGCUCCUGCAGGCCUGGGAGGGAGGCAAAAAGACUUAUUCCCCCACCGAGCAAAGCUCAGCAGGGUGCCCCAGUCCAGGUGGCAGUCAGCUCUCGUUUGGGUACCAUUCGGGGUUAGAGCCAAGGCAGCACGUCAAGAAGGCCUGGCAGCAUCUGCAUCUCACCUCUGGGGUGCCCGGUCAGAAUAGAAUCGAGCUGCCAAGAAAGCUUCCUUUCCCCCUUGGCCCCUCAGAGUGGGACGGAAGCAGGAAACUGCCCCACAGCCCCACCAGCUAUCCCAGUAAAGCUCUGGCGACUGAGGAGAGGCACGACCCAGCCCCUCAGAGCUGCAGCUCAGCCAACAACAUCUGUUUUGAAGGGUCGAAAGAGGUGGAGACGUCCAAGAGCAAGUCGUUCUUCUUCGGCGUGAGCCCAGCACUGCCUCCCAUCCCAUCUCACCACCCUUCCAGUCCCAAUUUAGUAUUGCCACCCUCAGCCUUAGCACCAUCCCCAAAUGACUCUCCUCUGCCAUCCCCUGCCCCCAACCUCAACAGCAGCUGCUCCUCCCUCUCCCCCACAUCCAGCAGCCCUACUAGCCACAGCUUUGAAGAUGAAGCUGUGUUGACCACGUCCACCUUCUUCCACCAUCAAGGCCACCAAAAGGAUGGCAGUAAACCCUUCCAUGCCUCAGAGCUACUGGGUUCCAGCACAGUCCCCUAUCAGAUAGCCAAUCCUAUUAAGGCCUUUCACCAGGAACUUCUCUACAAAGGUGUCUCUGUGGAUAGCCAUUUCCAAAAAUCAAACAUGGAUGCCUCCAAAAGGUGCCCGGAGGGUUUCGAGAGUGAGCUGCCUCCACCACCUUAUCCAUAUUCCUCCCGUCACUUCCUGGCCAGCUCACUGAGCAGCACAAGUCUUGACCAGCUGGAUGUUUUCCUGACUUGCAAGCAGUGCGAUCAGAACUUCAGCAACCUUUCCUCCUUCUUGGAGCACCGUCAGUUCUGCAGCUCUCAUGCGGUCCUCCAAGGUCAGGCAAAGGACUCUUCCCGAGGAGCAGAAGUCAAGAAGCAGCAUCAUGCCUCUCCUGAGUCUGCAAAGCACACACAAACUAGUCUGGGCAUGCUCCUCUCUCCAGAUCCGCAUUUGCAACUGCUUGCUUUGAAUAAGACUGUUGAUUUCCUGGUGGACGUAGAGGGUAAAGGGGAGUCCAAAGAUGAUCCUCUGAAAGCAAACCAGCUCAGUGGCCUUCCUGGAAACUUCUUGCCACUCAGCACUUCCGACUUGGAGAUAGAUGAUGCCAAGCUAGACAGUUUGAUCACAGAAGCUCUGAAUGGACUGGGAUACCAGUCAGAUAACCCAGAAAUUGACAGCAGCUUCAUAGAUGUGUUUGCUGAUGAAGAACUGGCAUCUGUGAAGGUCACUAGUGCUGGGACACCUCUCAAAGCAAAAGAGAACUUGACUUUAGGGAAGAAAGCCAAACAUGUAGGUACGGAUGAAAGCAUGAAAACGCUAAACUGCUGUGACAAGCACUCUAGUGGGGAGCUAGCAAAAAGUAGAACAUCAAAGCAACUUAAAGAGAGAGGAUCAAACUGGCUUUCAGAUGUUGGAGAAGAAAGGCUUGAAACAUUCAAGAGCACAGAAUUGGCUCGAAAUAAGGUUCUGGAGCCAACAAUAUAUGGGGGCACAGAGGAUGAUGCAAGUACCCAACUGAAAAUAGGAAAGAAGAAUAGCAGUAGUUCUUUUCUGCCUACGAAGCAGGGGGUCCAAACAAUGUCAGAUAUGAGGCAGACCAAGAACCUUAACUGUGCUUCUCCAAUGAGUGAACUCAAGCCUGAUGGUACCCACAGUGUGGCAGAAAGCAGCAUGCUCUCUAAGAAAGAUGCCAAGAAGAGAAAGCUGCGAAGUGGCAGUUGGAGCAAGGAGCUUAUUCAUAAAAUUGUCCAGCAAAAAAACAAACUCCAUAAACUGCACACACAGAAUAGCAAAACUGUGUCCCUUUCCUUGCUCACCAACCAGUUGCUUCCAGAAACCAAGGACAAUAAAUUUAGUGAGUAUGAAUACAUUUCAGAAUCAGAUGAUGAGAGAGUGGAAUAUGCCAAGCGACAUUGCAGGAGAAAGCUGGGCUCAAGAUUCAGUGGACGGCUAAGAAGUAGUUUAAACAGAAGGAACCAAGGAAGAGGAGGAAGGGAGAAGGAGAAGGAGCCGAUAUGGAGGUACGGUCCAAGGAGAGGGCGGGAGGAACCCAAAAGAUCUGCAAGCAAGGAGCUUGAAAGGAAAGAUGGUACUCUAGCAAGAGUGAGGAGGAGAAGCAGCCAGUCUUCCACAAGCAGUUGCCAGAGUGUGAGCAUGUCCAGUGAAACCAGCAACAGCCCCCAGAGCACCGAGAGGGGUGAUUCAGACACCGAAAGGGAAAGUGAACAGAGAAAACAACUCCUGCCAAUUUCCAAGUGUGUUGGACCACUUAAUGUUCCUGAGAAAGAGACCACAAGAAAAAGCCAUAGUGUGGAUUCUGGCUUGUCUGGAAUGCCAGAUAAGGUCGACCCACCCAAAACUCAGCCAGCAGAUAACAAGAAGUUUGAGAAGGAUAAUCCAAACAUUCCCCCAGACACUGACAUUAAUGAAGGUUUGCCACAGAGCAGAGGGACGCCGCAUCACCAUGAGGCCACACCUGGAAGAGGUCGCACCAUACGUCUUUGUCGUGAAGAUUCUGACCAGUACAAUGGAACCUUCUGUCAUAACAGCGAAAAGCCAAGGGUGGUGCCAAAAGAUGCAGAGUGGCAGCCAGAUGAGGCAGGGGAUCAACACUGCCAUCAAUACACUGCCAGUAAAGGAGGGACCUUGAAAAACCAUGUGGAAGAACUCACUGGCUCCCCUUCCACAGGCAAGCACAGCAUUUGCAAUGAGGAGAGCACCAGCUAUGAACAAGUGGACAUCAAGGGAUUGAAGAAACCGAAGGAACUCCUCCUGCCAAUCAGCUGCUUCAGUGACAAUCCUGUUAGCGUAGGGAUAUCUGGAAAAGGCGUCAAUACACUUCUGGAUGCUGCCAAUGCAUUUUAUGACUGCAAGGAAUUAUCCAACAGCUAUGAGACACCAAGUUUAUUCUCCGGGCCUCCAGCCAUGGAACCUUCCCAUAAUGAAAAUGUAUACUUGUGUCAGGGAGACUUUGAUGUCCCCUCGUUCAAAGAGAAGCACCAUGACAUCAUGCCCUGUGAACUGGAUAAUACACAGAGUAAGGUCUCAUCGCCCCUUAAUUUUGAUUCAUCAUCAGUAUUUGGAGAGUUCCCUAUAGCUGAGUUUGAUGCCAACUUAUAUGAUAGUGUGGCUCCAAGCAAGGAUAAUUACAUUCCCUUUGAGUGCGCCAAUCCUCAGCUUAGCAAGAUAAUCCCCUUUGACCAGCAGUAUUCAUCUUUUCUAUCAGAAAAGGACUGGACUCUGAUGGAGGAAGUAUCCCCAGUUUUGGCAGAAGAUAUGCCCCAGAUCCAUAGACUGUCUGUUGAAAAACCAAUACUGAAGAGGUACUCCAGCGAAAUCAACCCGUUGUCUCUCUCUGAACGGCUUUCUGACUAUAACAUGCAUUUCAUGAGCGGCCUAUCCGAUGAUGAGCUGGAGAUUAAAAGGUUGGUCACUGAGCUUGAAGGUCAGUUGCAGGCAAGCAAACUUAACAUGCAGGCAUCUGAUGAAGACCAGGCUUCAGUAAAUCACCCCAGCAUGGAAGCGAAAGAAUCAACUAAUGAGUUUUUGUCUUUAAGGCUGGACCAGGAGCAAGAUGGAAAAGGGUUAUUUCUAAUGGAGGCUGAGUAUGAGAAUGCAAACCUUCUUUCCACAAAAACAUUUAGCUGUGAAAAUGUAGCAAAUGAGAAAACACUCCUUCCAACUUUGGACCCGAAGUAUGGAAGUCCCAAUGAUGCUUGGUCGUGUGCAGGGUCAUUCAGCCCAUUACAAUCAGCCACAGAUCUGAUUCUGGUAGGUCCUUUUAGCUCCCAAGGGGACCAAGACAAAAUUGUUGAAAAUCUGAAGGAUAUUGAAAUCUCUGCUGAAGCUGACUUUGGGGAAAUAAAAGGUGCAUCUACUAGAAUCAUCAUGCCCGAUUCAUGCCUUGAAGACCUAUCAAAUAGCACUGGGGCUCCAGACUAUCCUGAACAUGUUCUACAAAGUCCUGAUUCCAUCUUUCCUAAGUCCCUGGAGGACAGUGAGUUAAAUACACAUGAGAAUUUGCCACUGAGACCGGAUGUGUUCCCAAAACGACCAUCAGAGGAGAAAACAUUUGAUGGCACCACAGAGUUAGAAUCAUAUGGCUGUGAGAUUCCACAUUUAGAAUCAGAAUUUGGCUUGCAAGAUGUUGACACUCUAGAAUCAGAGGGCAACGUGUCUUCUGGUGCACGAAGCAAAAAUCCAGAAAAUCGCCCACCUGAAAAGCUAGAAAGCACAACCCUGUUCCAGAACAGUAAAGAUGAGCACCUAGGUAAAAACGAGGAGACCGGAAGCCAGGCUUUAACACUAAGGGCCAAAGCUGACAGUGGAAACGCUCCGCACUUUGAUGUGUUGACCUUUUCCAAGGAGAUGGAUGGAGAAGUCAUGUUCAAGUCCGCUACCCAAGAGAAAACAGCUAAUCCUUUGCAGCAGUUGCAGUUGUUUGUGGCUAGGACAGCUAAAAACAAUGAGGAGGACUUGGUGAUUUCAUCAUUCGCAGCUCAGCAUCCCGUUGCUCACCUGCCCACGUGUCAGAGCAUUCCUCCAGAACCAGAAGAGGGGCCUGUGGACAAAGAGCAGAACGAAGAAGCGACCAGCGGCCCCGUGUUGGAGAAGAAGAUAGAGACUCUGUUAAAAAAGACUGGGAAAGCAGGUGAGCAGUUGGUUCCAACCAAACUGCUUGUGGAGCCAGAGAAACAGGCAGAACAUUUGCAUGAAUGGGCCUCAGAGGUUUCAAAAGACUUGGCCCCGCUGAACCCAGCACAAUACGGUAAUGUUGCCCAGCAACAGCACUUAAAGGUUGAAUGUUUGGAAGCGAGUGGCCAUACUACACGUGCAGAUGGUAUCUCCCUGGAACACAGUAACCUCUCUCCCCUCAGCAACUCAGAAAUAGCCUCGGUGCUAAGGGAGAAGAGAACACAGCAGAGUCAAGUUACAGGACAGGCAGAGGGAGAUCAAGAAGAGAAGACCUUGGCAUUUAGAGACUGCAGAAAAUCCCCAUUAAGCCCUGGAUCUUCUGAGAAGAAAACACCACAAGGGGCUUUGUCAGCUGUGCCCCAAGUACAUGUAGCCUGUUGCACUUCUUGGAACCAAGCCUGCGGUGGGGACCAAGAGUUGGAGACUGCCAAAGCCCACCAGGUAGAAGAGAGUGACGAUCAGCUGAAACACCUGCAACUUAAUGUCUCUUUGGCUCCCAUCUACUCCCCUGAGAAUCAAACUGAGGGUGCUCAUCUCCUGCAGAGGAAUGACUUCUCUUCAGGAAAUACCUCAGAUUCAGCAGACGGUCAUGACUUAGAGAAGCAAGUCAGUUACUAUGCAGAAGCCUCUCAGGCUGGUUUCUCUCUGGAUGUUGGCUUUGCUGAUCAGAAAAAGGUGCUGAAAACUGACACAGGAAAUACCACAGGCUCUGACUUUGGAGGGAUUCCAUCUGAAGAAAGUACCGGCCAGAUCACUGCAGCAAGUCAGAAAGUUGCCUUCCUUGCGUGCAGCUGCCCUUCUGUGGCAGAGAAGACUGCAGUUCCUCAGCAGAGCCCAUCAGAACAGAAGGAACGUAAAGGAGCCCUUCCAUUCUUUCCCACCUGUGAUGCCGUAUCUCAUCUGCCAUCCGAUAUGCCUGGCACUCUGGCUGAAGACAUCAGCCAUGACUUGAUGGAACCUCAAAAGAGUAUCCCCCUGCGUUACUCCUCAUCUCUCUGCUCCAGCAAAGUAGCACCUUCUUCUGCUAAAACAGACAGACCUUUGAACUUACAAAUGAAUCACUGCAAAUCUCCCAGCAUGCUCCCUCUGAAAAGCAAGAAACAUUCUGAAGAGCCCUCCAAGCAUCCCGUUGAUGAAGACAAUGGCAUGUUCUCCGAGAGGGAUGGGCCCAGUGGUUCUCAGACAACAUCCCUACAUGAUAUCUUGCUCAACCAGCUUCCAUCAGGAAUUGAUUCUGCUGAGCUUAGAGGUGCAGUCUGUAAUAAAAAUGUGUCAUUAGCAUCAGCAAAGGACAUUGAAAGAGACCCCCAGGAAGGAGGUAAAGAUCCAUCUCAGCCAGGAUAUAUCAAAAAAGAUGCUGAUGUUCAAGAGGUGCCAGUUGUCAUUCUGACUAAAACCGCUGAUGCUACUAGUCAGUUUCCACUAAGGGGAUCCUCCAGUGACCUACAGGAGAUAGAGAGUAGAAGCAAUGAUUUGGAGAAUGAAGACUCUGCACUGAAUGAGAACGUGAAGAAGUCUUCCAACUUCAUGGAGCAAGAAGAUAGCAAGGGUCAAAGUCUAAGAAAUUAUUCUAAGACUGGACAAUCAAAAGCAAAGAAGAGGAAAGGGUUGCAGAUCAUUUGUGAUAUUUGCUCCAUUUCUUUUAGAUCCAAAACUGGGUUGAUGAGACACAAAGCUGUGAAACAUCAGAAGAAAAAGGAUAGUGUUUUGUUGCCCGACAGUAAUUCAGCCCUGUCGGAAAAAGCAUUAAAGACAAGCAAAGUGCUCCCCAAGAAAAGCAUAAAGUCCUUCAUCAAAGAGAAAUCUGGUAGCUCAGACAUUUCAAAAGCUGUUGGUCAGUCCUGUCCUAAACCCUCUGGAAGGCAAAGGAGGGAACCAAAGGCACAGAUUCAAGAAGGUAUCAGCAAGGAACUCAAUGACCUCAAUGUUAUUUCAUUGGGCAUAACUCAUGAAUUCCAAAAGGCAGAUGAAAUACAGCACAUCAGCUCACAAGGAGAGAAAUCAGAUGGGUCAGAAAUCCAGUCUAGAAAAAAAACAAAUACAGAAAAAUUAAUCAGGGUGGUCAAUACCAAAAGAUCAAGCAGCUGUGCUGGGAGAAAAGUUAAAGAAAAAUCAAGGCAAGCAAAAAUAACUUCAGACAAAAAUCAGGUUACUGCCUCUUUUCUUCAGGAGUCUGAGAUCUGUACAGUUCAUUAUAAUGCCAUGGGCAGCACUGAUGACCACAUUCUGACCACCAUCACAGAAGAACCAGAAAGUAGGUCAGAAGAGCAGGCCAAUGUAUGUUUGCCAUUGCUUCCUCAGCCCUUGACAAACAAGGAAUUAGAAGAUGCUGGUGAAGAAACACCCUCAGCUCAAAGCACAGCUGGACCACGGCUUCUUCAGAAUGUAGAGAGCUGUAGAGAGGAAGGAGAAGAUGCAGAGCUGGAACAAAAACAGCAAACCCAAGAUAGAUGGUCAAGUGGGUCUAUGCAAGAAGGUGAGAGUGAACUGAACGAAAAGCCUGCGUCAAAGGAGGGUCUCUUAGAAAAGAUGAACUGUACAACUCAAAAUAGUCCAUUGGUAUACCUCAUGAGCCCCAAAAAGCUUUCACAACCCUGUCAUCCUGGAACCGCUUCUGAAAAGGGUUCCCCUAAACUCACAUCUGAGAAAGCAUUGGGUGCUGUUGUUCCUUAUUUUGUGAAUCCAGAGCCCUGGAGGAUGGAAGAGCUGCAGCCACAGAGUGAGUCUCCUGUUGAUAAUGCAGUAAAACCAGAUCUGCCGAGCUUGUUUGAUGAUGACUCCACGUUUUCACAACUUUUCCCCAGAAAUGAUCACUUUGCCCGUAGAAAAUGCACACGUGUGUACGGGAAGCGCUCCAAGAAGCCUAAGCCUAUUGCAGAGAUCAUGGCAAAGCCAGAAGGUACACCAGAUAUCUUUACGAUCCGCAUGGCUUCUGAUCUUGGCGAAACCAGCUCCUUCUGUGUUACCCGGGAAGAUCCUUGUGAAUACGACACAAUCUCCAUUGAUGAUGCUUUGAUGCUCAACAUGUGUCAUGGGAGUAAAGCAAUGAGUGGCGACCUUAAUUCCGGACCUACCGAAAACACAGUCCUGCAGCUGGAUACUGGGCAAAAGGAAGGAGUUAAUGAUUUGAAAAACAGCAGCGCCUUUCUAUGCCCAAAGAGUCCAACUGGGUCUCUUCCGUGCUUUAAAAUCUGGGCUAACCCUGAGAAAACCACAGAAAAUAAUUCUGCUGAUGGGUCAUUGCAGAGUUCAUCUGUGGAGCUUGCUUAUGGACAUCCAGCAGUGGAAGACAGCCCAGAACCUCCUGACCUGGAGGAAGAAUCCGACAGCACCAAAGAAAAAUCGUCCUCUGCAUUUCAUACAAUUGAUAUGGAGAUGCUGAACAUGAAGUUUGAGGCCAGGGAUGUGUGUUUCUGCAGCACUGGAGAAGGUCGUCUGAGUCCCACAGAUGAUAACUGCACCUUAGGUUUCAAGCCUGCGUCACUGUUGCAAGUCAGGCCCAUCAAACAUAAGCCGGAAGAAGGGAAACCAGGGAAAAUCCGUAGUGAUUUGAAUCUCAAGAAUAAAGACAAGCAGUAUAAAUGCAAAGUGUGUUUCCAGUGGUUCCUGACUUUAGGGGAGCUGGACUUUCACAAGCUCACCCAUAAUCCCUCCCCACCGCCAACUUGCUACAUGUGCGUCCAGAGGAAGUUCAGCUCAAGGGAACAGCUGAGGGACCAUCUAAAGGAGAAACACGCCAAGAACAAGGCUGGCCUUUGGGCCUGUGGGAUGUGCCUGAAGGAAAUCUCAGAUGUCUGGAUGUACAACGAACAUUUACGAGAGCACGCCACUCAGUUUGCCCGCAAAGGCCAGGCUCAGAAGUCAGUCUUGGGCCUGCCAGGUUGUUUCAGUGAAGACGAUGCUGCUGUCACUCAUUUCCUGAACUCCAUCAUUUGCCGGAAACCUGGCAAGUUUCCCAAGCAGCCCGAAGGGGGAAGCGGGGCACCUGCUGGCAGUGAGAGCAAAUGUCCCAGAGAGUUCUCAGGGCAAGACACAGUGCUCCACAAAGACUUGCUGGAGGUCCCAUUCAGAAUCAGGCCACCUGUGGCCUCCCUCAAAGUACCAGCAGUUCCAUCUCCUGACCCAGUCCCUAAGGUUGAGGGGGCCCAGAAGUCCGUGCCUAUUCAUCCUGAAUGCAAAGAUCCCUCUCGAGACUGCCAUCACUGUGGGAAGCAGUUCCCCAAGCCCUUCAAGCUCCAGCGACACCUCGUAGUCCACAGCCUGCAGAAGAUCUUCUUGUGCCACAAGUGCCCCAUGUUCUAUCAAGAGACCAAGGAGCUCCGGAGCCACUUGAGCCAAGAGCAUGGAAUAGCUGAGGAAACAGACAUCAAGCACACCACCCUCUACGCCUGUGAGCUUUGUGCCGAUGUCAUGCAUGUCAUCAAGAAGUCUUUCAUAUGCAGCACUUGCAACUACACCUUCUCCAAAAAGGAGCAGUAUGACAGGCACAUGGAGAAGCACCUGGUGGGCAGUAGCAAGACCUUCCGGUUCCGAGGCGUGAUGCGGCCAGGCACCUUUGCAAAAUAUGGGGAUAAGGAAAUCAGAGAGGAGGCCCAUGUAAGAGCAGAUGCUCCAGCAGCCAAAAAGAAGAAAGUGUCCCACCGCAGCAACUCUCCUGAACUAGCUUUGCCUGUGCACUUGGAUGGUGCCCGAGCAUCCCAAGAAGGUGGUCAGCCUCUGCUAUCUGCUGGUGAGGUUCUGUCCACAGCCACUAGCCUGGCCAUGCCACCUUCAGCCCAGACCCCUAUGAAAACAGAAGGCCUAGGAAGUGAUUUCUCCAGUCUCUUGGCAGAAAGGGGGAAAUCUCCACUUCACCGCCUACUACCAUCCCUUCCUUUUGAGCCCCAUGAUGAACCAAGUGGCCCAGAACAUAUUGCUGCACUUUCUCCAGAAACACGGGCACAUGGGGAGAGCCUUGGGGACAACCCAGCUCUUCCCUUCAACUCACCUGAUGCACUUAGCGUUGAUCUGGCCAGCAUAGCACCCAAGAAAACAACUGCUGCACAAGAAAAGCGGUCUCCAGCUCAUCUCUCUGAGAAGCACAACAAGGAACCCAGCAUUCCAGAAAAAGCCACACUUAGCAGAAGGGUAGAACAUAAUAUAGGAACUUGGGAGAGACCAUAUUUAGAAGAUCUUGCCAGCAAGGAGCCCGAGCUUUCUCCUGGAAGUCUGGGGUCUACAGAGGGUAAGUGGUCUCCUGAAAUACAGUGGGGCAGCAACCCUGAAAUGAAUGGAACUGCUCCUCAGGAUACUGUGAGCAAGUUACAUUUGCCAGAAACUAUCUUCCAUGAGUUACCUCUCAAGGACAAGACAUCGUCCUCUGCCCUAAACCGGCCUGCCAAGGAGAUUCCCUCAAAGAAGGUCACAGGUGGCCCGGCCAAUGCUGAGAAUACCCCUGGCGUCCACUGCUCCCCAGGCAGUGCAGAAGAGGUUCAGAAGUAUUCCCUCUUGAAAGACAAAGCCUUCUCAGAAAUGGAUACUGGUGCUCACCCCAAAGAUAAUAGCUCCAAUGUUGGCAUGAAAGAGACGGAACUCAACCUGGUCAGGCCUGUGAGUGGCCAGCUCCAAGGGGAGGUGGUGAGCACUCCAUCAAAGAACAGCCAUUCUGAUCUGAACAAGUUCCCAGAAAGACUGGCUGCGAAUCGGCUGGCCAAUCUUCACUCCAAAAAACCCAAGGAACAUAAGUCUUCCCACCGGGGAAGCUCGGCCUCCCGUGAGAACAUUGAGGGAGAUGGAAGCAAAAAGCAGAAAGCCCGGAUCCAGGAUUCUGCAAAGGGUGACAAUAUCAAAAGGGUUGACUGGCCCGCUACUGAGGCAUUGGCCCUUUCCCCUCGAAGGAGGGACACUCAUUCCAACAAACUGACCCCUAAAUUGAAGGUGUCUGUGACUGACAGCCAGCUCAGAAAGUUGGUGCUUGAUCAGGGCUUCCAGAAGAAGGUUGAGAUCUGCCACGCCAAUGGAGAGAUGAGACGCAAGAAGGAGAUCUUGGGCAGCAAAGCCUUCCACCCCCUCUUAGCCAAAGACCCCUCCGCCUCCCUGCCCAGCUCUCUGAGCCGGCGCAGAGCUGUCCAAGGUGCUAAACUCCCCAGUUCCCACAGUUACAGGACAGCGGAAUCCCAAACCCACCUCCUAAACCAACUGUUUGGACAGAAAUUAACUAGCUUUAAAAUUCCUUUAAGACGAGAUACUUCUGAGUAAUUUAUGGGUGACUUACGGUGAUCCUUCGCUGCUUUCAUGGGGUUUAUGGGGGGGGGGAGAGAAAUUAUCAAAGCAUUACAUUCAUUUGUGUAGCUCAGUUUCUCUGUCUAGCUUAAAUGAACUUGCACUGCAGACUCUCAGAUAGUUUGCUUCGUGUCUCACUAAUCUACUUUAAUUCCCCCGAUUUAUCAUGCAAACGCUAGAACUUUGAUGGUGCCGAUCAUUCUCACGAACUAAAACGGUAAUCGCUUUGGGCAGAGCAAAAUGUCAAGAGGAAAUGUUUUAUUGGAGGAGUACUGAGGUUGUAAGGGUUGCUUGCAAAUCCCAGCCCCCUUUCAGGCUGGCUCUCUGUGAUCUUUGUAUAAAGAAGCUGAAGACAUGAA